AUGAAGGGGGGCCCCCUCUUCUUCCCCGGAGCCCCCCGGCGCCAGAGCCUCUCCAAGGCCCUCUUCAAGGAGAGCCCUCCCGAGGAAGAGGAGCCCGAGGAGGAGGAAGAGGAGGGGGAGAGCCCGGGGGGCGAGGGGCGCUGGCUGGAGGCCCCCCUCUUGCUCCGCUCGCCCACCUCCUUCUCCUCGGAGGAGCUCUCUCCGGGGGAAAGCGGGGCAGGAGGCCCCGAGACCAGGCUCCCGCUGCUGCUGCUGCCCUCCUCCUCCUCCUCCUCGGGCUGCUCCUGCGCCUCCUGCUCCGGCUCCUGCUCCGGCUGCUGCUGCUGGGAGCCCCAGAGCCCUCAGGGGCUGCUCCAGGCCACCCUCGACAGGCUCAGCCGACGCCCCGCCGAGCCUCACCCCCAGCCCUGCAGAGCAGAUCUGCUCCUAGAUGACAUUGUCCUCACCCACUCAUUGUUCCUGCCCACGGAGCAGUUUCUACAUCAGCUGCACCAGCACUUCAUGACAGCAUCGACAAUCCCAUCACCGACCUGCUGGAAAGAAGGUGAGGCCAUGCACCGGAAGCAAGCGGUUUUGGUUAUUUUGCUGCACUUCCUUGAGACAUACAAGGGAAUCUUGCAGGAGGAGGAGAAAGCAGGCAAAAUCAUCAAGGAUCUUUAUCUGCUGAUCAUGAAGGACUCAUCUCUUUACCAGAAACUGGAAGAUGAAAUUCUAAAGCUCCAUCAGCUUGUGGAGACAGUUGAACUUAAGGUGACUGAAGAAAGCCAUCCUCCCAGCAAACAAGUAAAACCCCUCUUCAGGCAUUUCCGGCGCAUCGAUUCGUGCCUUCAGACACGGGUUGCUUUCCGUGGGUCAGAUGAAAUUUUCUGCCGUGUCUACAUGCCCGACCACUCCUACGUCACAAUCCGCAGCCGUCUCUCGGCCUCUGUGCAGGACAUCCUCACCUCAGUGACAGAGAAGCUCCAGUAUUCUGAUGAACAACCUUCACGGGAGGAGGCUCUCCUCCUGGUGGCUGUAGCAUCGUCAGGAGAGAAGUCUGUGCUACAGCCAAAUGAAGAGUGUGUUUUCACAACCUUGGGGAUAAACAGCCAUCUCUUUGCCUGUACUAAGGAAUCUUUUCCAUCACUGGUUCCUCUCCCUGAUGAAAUUCAGGUGUCUCCAGGUGACACAGAGAUUCAUCGUGUUGAAGCUGAAGAUGUGGCAAAUCACCUCACAGCCUUCCAUUGGGAAUUAUUCCGCUGUGUCCAUGAGCUGGAAUUUGUGGACUAUGUGUUCCAUGGAGAACGAGGCCGGCGAGAGACAGCCAACCUGGAGUUGCUGCUUCAGCGGUGCAGUGAGGUUCAGCACUGGGUGGCCACUGAGGUGCUACUCUGCGAAUCCGUGGGGAAGCGGGCCCACCUGCUCAAGAAGUUCAUCAAGAUUGCAGCAGUAUGUAAACAGAACCAGGAUAUGUUAACAUUCUACGCUGUGGUUAUAGGGCUCAACAAUGCACCUGUCAGUCGCUUGCGUCUCACCUGGGAGAAACUUCCAGGGAAAUUUAAGAACCUGUUCCGGAAAUUUGAGAACCUAACGGACCCUUGCCGGAAUCAUAAAAGCUACCGAGAAGUUCUCUCUAGGAUGAAACCUCCAAUAAUCCCCUUUGUGCCCCUCAUCUUAAAAGAUCUGACGUUUUUGCAUGAAGCUAGCAAAACCUUGGUGGACGGACUGGUCAAUCUAGAGAAGCUGCACUCAGUAGCAGAGAAAGUUCGGACAAUCAGGAAAUGCCGGAGCCGGCCUCUCUGCCUGGAAAUGGAAUCAUCUCCCCAGCAGUUGCAGACUAAAGCUUAUGUCCGGCAGUUUCAAGUUAUUGACAAUCAAAACCUGCUCUUUGAGCUCUCACACAAACUGGAGUCGAACAGCCAAUGAAGCCACAGCCCAUGGAUAGGCAUUGCCAACAAAGAAUGUUUACUCCGUGAGAUACUCAAGCACUUUUUGGAUGUACAGGGGUUCCGCCUAGGGUUUGCUCAGGUUGGAGAGAACAUCGUGGAGUCACCAUACGGCAGGGAUGCUCAACCUUGAUUAGGGGUGAGCCCAAACAUUUUGGUAUCGGGGCACAAAAUCGAAAUGGCAUGUUGCCUUCCUGUUAAUUAACAUGGCAAGGUACAAUCUGCUGGGAUGUUCUUGUGCCAAUGCUUGCACAAGCCAUUUUGAUGCCAUAGAUGAAAAAUCCAAAUAGCACCUACCCCAGUCUCAUUGCUGCCAUUUUAACUAUGCCCUAAAUCUGUAGCCUUUUCUUAAUGAGAGAGAGCUAGCCCUACCUUUUCUGCAACACUUAUGGAGAUGAAUGAAAGCUGCAGCACCAUACAUUUAGGUGGGACUUAUGCCGAAGAACUAGCCAAUGGAUUGCAGUUUACUAAUCACUCUUCCACGUCACAUAGCAUUCAGACCUGAGGCAGACUCCUCACCUUGCCUCAUGGUAGAACUGCUUGUGACUUUCCUUUCACAGAGUAGCUAGGACUGAAAGAAAUCCAGCUGCAAGAUGUAGAGCAAUAUUUUGUGGAGGCGGUCAAGCCAAAACUGGAAUCCUUGACUUGCUUGUAGGGCAGCUUGUGCCAGAGAUCAGUGCUCUGUUCAGUCAAUAUUUCUCUCUGACGUAAGCAUAACAGAACAUAGCUGGGUUCCUCUUAAUGACUUACAUGCAUGGAAGUCCUAUUUUAGACAUGCAAUAGAGGGCUGUUCCAUUGCAUGUGCACUCCAUCCCAAAACUCCCAUGCUCAGCAAUUAUCAAGCUCUGGAAAAGGCUGCUGUGUGUUUUGGGGGAACAAUUCAGACCAUAAAGAUCCAGCUGAUCUGAGCUCCUGGAGGAAGGAAAAGGUGGCGUGCUCCACUUGAGAGUGAACCUUCAUGCUACACAUACACCCCACUGAGAUUAGCUGCUUCUCUGUCUUAAUCACCUUUCCCCACCAGUAAACAAUAGCAGCAAGGGCCACUCCCAGGGUUUGACCAAUGCUGAGCAAUGGGCAGACACUGAACUGUGUGUGUGGAGCUGGCCCAUGUUCCUGAAAAUCACAAAUGUUUGAGUCAGUUAAAUAAGCUUCCAAUGAAUUGAAUACAGUACAACCACAAGAGAUGCCAUGUGCAGAAAUAUCCAGAAGUAUUCAUUUUCUGUCUUGCAGCCUUGUUCUUAUUUUUACAAUGUUAGUGUAAAUUUAUAUUUCCAUUUUAAGCUGGAUGUGAAAACUUUUUUAAAAAUCAUGAUGAUGAAAGAUUACCAGGAGACUCUCAAUAGUGUCUUCUCAGGGUACAGUCACAGACUGUGAAUAAUCAUUCUAAUUCAGGUAACUGAGAUAGGAAAAUGCGUUUGCCUUUUGUGCUGAAAUCCUGCUUUGACUUGCAGGAACUGAUAGGACAGCAUUCAGUAAUCCUUAUUCUGUGGGAUUUUCAGAAGUGAAAUUUUAAACUUAAAAGGAACAUCAAAAUUAUGUUUGUUGAAGUUCUUAAGUACAGUAUACUCAACUUUCUCCAGGCAACAAUUCCCAAGCAACAGGAUUUGUUAAGGAAAGCAAUGACAGUUGAAAUGAUAUGAAUUAUAUAUAUAAAAGAUAAGUUUAGGCCUCAUUCCCACUACGUUUUAAACCAGUUUGCAAAUCGGUUUGAGGUGGUUUAAAUGACCCUGGUUUGCACUUGAAGUGAAUUGCUGAAGCAAGGAGGCCAUGUGCUAGACCCAUUUAACCCAUGUCCUUUUGACGCUGAUUUUUUCCUGCCUCUUUUUGGAUGAAUUGAUUCCAUGCAAGUGUGAACCAUAUGCGGAUCGGAAUCAGUUUUAAGAGUCGAUUUGAAGAAUCAAAUUCAUGAAUCAAUCAGUUUCAGUGUGAACGAGAUGCAGGUCGGAAUUGAUUUAUUAUGAUGUGAUAAGGGGUUGCUGGGUGGGGAAGUGGAAGUUAACAACCUGUGUCUGCUCAUCCUUUGACCCUCAUACGGAAUUACGUAAAUGCGAUUGCAGUGAUGGACAGAGAGAGAAAAAUGCCACUGAAAACGUUUCAAAUUGAAUUCAUUCAUUUGCCAAUGUGAACUACAAAUGGGUUAUUUUGAGAUUCUCUGGCAGGAAACAAUUUAAAUUGAAUCAAUUCAUUUGUCAAUGUGAACCACAAGUGGGUUAUUUUAUUUUACAUUACAGCAAGAAAAUGCAGUCGGUGCAAAUAUAGUGUGAACCACACUCUGCUGCCAAACCGAUCCAUUGAUUCAGAUCGCAAAGCAAUUUAUUUGUAAGUGGGAAUGAGGCCUUAGAGAUUAAUGUCGUCUCUGGUUCUGGCUCCUAUCUAGAUGUGUUGUAGAUGCUGGAUACAUUCAUACUUUCAAAUGCUUUGGAAGGGACAGGGAGAUGAAGCUAAUUCUCCCUUCUGUUGGACUGAUCUCUGGAUAAAUGUCACUCUUGAGUUCUGGAGUGUCUGCUCUAGCAACUUUGAAGAGCCCUGGAGGGAGAGAGCAAGGAAUCUGCCAUAUUCUAGGACCAGGCUCAGGUGGGGAAAUUUUCCUUCUCCAUUGUAUCCUGGGAGCAUUCAGAAGAACAAUAGAUGCAUUUAAUUAUACCUUGCAAUCAAAACAGUGUUAAGGGUUAUACAGUGAUAAAACCGUUUUUUGUUCUUAUUCCUCCAAAGUGCCUUUAAAGCAGAGGAUGGAAGCUGCCCCAUGGUAUCCUUACUUCCUGUGCAGGUAGACUUUAAACAAAGAGAGAUUAUAAUAAUACCAACAGAAACUUUCAAAGGCCUGAAUGCUGCAUAAAUGCUGCAUUUUGGGGAGCUGUUGCAACAGUGGAAGGAAAGAUUAAUAUACUGUUAUCAGGAUUCACAUAGACUGGGGCUGAAUCUUCACGGUAGAAAUAGGAUGUCCUUCAGCCUACCCAUCAAAUUGUAUAAAGAAACAUUUGAUUUAAUGUGUAUUAAGAGGUUCUUAACCUCUGCUGCAGUUGAUCUUGAGAACACUCCCUCAAAAUCUCCACACUGGCAAUAGUGAGAUAUUAAUCAGAGAUAUGAUUUGUUCCAGAUUAAUUACACUGAAAUAAAAUGACAAGAUUUUGUGGAGCCUCCACUGCCAUCUCCAGUACAUUUUAACCAACUUUCUACAGGACAGAGUGCCAAAAAAUUCUUACCAGUUCUUUCCACAUAUCAAUAAUAGGAAAUCUACUUUUUUUGUUAUAACCGGAGAGCUCUAACAAGUAUUAUAGCAGCCUUUCUGAACCUGGUGCUCUCCAGAUGUAUUGGAUCACAGUGUCCAUAAUCUCAUAACCACCUAUGAGUUUAUGGGAGCUGUAGAUCUACAUCUAAGAGCACUUUAAAGGGACUAAGGUUGUCAAUAUAAUGAGACAUAAGAACUCCUGCAUCACGCUUCAGGGCUCAGGCCCAGCAGGAGGAAUCUGUUUUUAGUGCCAUGACUCAAUCCUGAAAAUGUGAACUAACAAUGAGUGCCUCUGAGCAUGUCCGGAGUGCAUUUCCCAUACUACUGAAUAACCAUAGACCACUUCACACAGGAUGUUCAGGUUAGAGGGGAAGCACUUUUCUUUUUGGAAAUGUUUUCCCAGUCUUGUUUCUAACAGCUUUAAUAUGCGAUCGGAUUUUUAAUAUCAAAGAACAAGAUACUGGAAAUAACUCUCUGGCAUUUUAAAAGACUUAUUUUGUGUUUUGCUGACCUUUCUUUUUGAUAAAGAAUUGUUUUUUGUGUGUGUGUGUGUGUGCGUGUGUGAAGGAGUGGGUUUGCCUUUAUGGGAUUUCUGUUCAGGGACUUUUCGUUUCAGGGCCUCUCGCUUGUGUCUAUAUUUCUUUUUUCUCUCUCCUGGAGAGAGA